AUGCUGGCUUAUUUUUAUAUAGGAUUGCAGUUAAUUGUAGAUAUUAUGAUCCUUAAACUUCUUUUAUUGAUCCUCUAUAAUUGUCAAUGCACUCAAGGUUAUAAUUUAUUGUUCUCAGGAGAAUACCAAAUUUGAAUAGCAAGUUGAUCUCAAUGCAUUAAUAAAAUAUAUAUCCUAAACAAUAUAAAUAUAACAGACAAUUUUAAUUUAGAUUUAUGCGAUAACCUAUUUUACUUUAAUAAAUAAAUUUAUUUUAAAUCAUAUAUAAAUGUUCUCUUUCCAAAUCCUUUGUUUAUUGUAAUAAGCUACUAAAGGUAUAUAUAACUGAUAACUAUUAUACCGAAAUGUAAAGCGAAUUCUGUUUAAAUUUUAAAAUUAUUUUGAAUUUUAAAAAAAAAAAUAGUAUAAAAUUUGUAUAACUUUCAGAGAAAGAGUCAAGCUAAUACUUCAAGAUUAA